AUGGGCCUGCUCCGCGUUUCUCCCGACGGGCCGGAACGGAAGGCCUGGGCCUGGCCUAGAGAUAUGCCUCGCUAUGAUGAUCGCAAUGGGAAUACACGCUUGUAUGUUGGAAGAUUGGCUCCCCGCACCCGUUCCCGCGACCUAGAAUAUCUUUUCAGCAAAUAUGGAAGAAUACGUGAAGUGGAGUUGAAGCGCGACUAUGCAUUCAUUGAAUUCAGCGACCCCCAAGAUGCUGAUGAUGCGCAGUACAACCUAGAUGGCAGGGAAGUUGAUGGAAGCCGCAUUAUUGUUGAAUUUGCUAAAGGGGUUCCUCGUGGUUCUGGUGGUUCACGUGAAUAUAUGGGAAAAGGACCUCCACCAGGAACAGGUCGUUGUUUUAACUGUGGAAUUGAUGGUCACUGGGCAAGAGACUGCAAGGCUGGUGACUGGAAGAACAAAUGUUACCGCUGUGGCGAAAGGGGCCAUAUAGAAAGAAAUUGCCAGAACAGUCCAAGGAGUCUCAGGCGUGAGAGAAGCUAUUCACGGUCUCCAUCCCCACGCCGUGGACGGGGCCGCAGCCAGAGCUACAGCAGAAGCCGGAGCAAUAGCCGAUCCAGGUCCCCAUCUGGAUCUCCGAGGGGUGGACGCCGUGACCGUGACGAGAGGAGAUCAAGGAGUGUUAGCUACAGCAGGAGCGCAAGCCCUAGGCGUUCUGUCUCUCCUGCAAAGGAAAAGGAGCGCAGCCGCACACCUGAUGGCAGCAGGAGCCCAAGGAGCCCCAACCCAAGGGAUGAUGUGAGCCCACCACCAAAGGAUAAUGGUGCACGCAACGGCUCAGACCGUGAAGACAGCCCUGGGACCAGGGAGAACAGCAAGAGGAGUAGGAGCCCAUCUGACAGCUACCGUAGCCCUGCGGCCAAUGGGCGCAGCCCGAGCCCUAGGGAUGACCGUAGCCCAAGUCCCAAGGGCAACAACGGCGAUGAUGAGCGCCGUGGCUCACCAGGAGGAAAUCGGUCCCCCUGA